CUGGACAACAUCUAACGCUACUUGUUAAUCUCGGGCUUUUUGCUGCAAAUGAAGCCAGUUACCAGCGUGAUGCAGAUCUCAGUGUGUCUUUAUGUGGUGGAAAAAGCCGACAGUGCAAGCGCAAAUCCCAUUCAAACAGGUGUGAGGAGCAGAAACAGUCCCAGGUGGCGCAUGUUGAUCGGAUACGUGGCCAUAUAGGAGCACAUUGUGAGCAUCUUUGCGCUUUUUUUUAAAGGGUAGAGCAACCCGCAUCCGAAAAUAGUGUUGGCUGUUAGAAAGUAGGUCGAUAGAAACUGAGAGCGACGUUUGUUUCCACGCUUUUGUCUGUGUUCUUUGUUGUUUAGCGAGGACUGUGGUUUUUUUCAUAGCCUACCCUUGUGUGGAGCGUUUUACGCACAGGUGGGAGAUACCCGCUCAGCAUAGGACAGCCCCCCUCUCUGCUCCUCAGCGGAUGAUGUGAGGAAGUGACAUUUUUCACCGCUGCGGUUCGGGACAGCACUGCUCCUCUGCAAACAGGUGUGCUGCUGUCCGAGUCACUUUCACAGAGCGAACCACAGGGAGGUAGCGUCCCGAAACCUGAACCGAGCCGCCUGGACGCGGGACAGCGGGGGCCAGAGGAGGGGAAAAAACACCCCGUUCAAGUGUGCUCUUUAUUAGCCUGGGCUGUUUGAACGGGUUCAGACACACAGAGGGAGAGAGGGGGAGCGAUGGCAACGAAAAAGGCGUGCGUGGAUGCGCCCAAACGGAGCCGGAGUCCGGUCGUGUUGGAGGCGGAGAUGUUCAGUGAAUUUCAGGACUGGUGUCUCCGGACUUACGGAGACUCCGGUAAAACAAAGACCGUCACCCGGCGAAAAUAUAACAAAAUCAUGCAGACACUGUUGCAGAACGACGAGUCGGACGGCGUUUAUGUCGACAACAGUCACAUCAACGCCAAAUUCAAAUUCUGGGUGAAGUCUAAAGGAUUUCAGGUCGGAACCAACGUGUUGGGAGAGCACAACAAGAAAGGAGCUCCAGGGAAACCCGUCCUAUAUGUCCCGGUCAAGUCAACGUGUUCAGACGGGAAUUCAGCCCAAGACAACUCCUCCCUGAAGCGUGUAGCUGUGGUUGAAGACUUCUUCGACAUCAUCUAUGCCAUGCAUGUGGAGAUGGGUGCAGAUCCCGGAAGAGCACCCAAACAUGCAGGCCAGAAAAAGACCUACAAGGCGAUUGCUGAGACCUACGCCUUCUUGCCCAGAGAGGCGGUGACUCGGUUCCUAAUGAGCUGUGGAGAGUGUCAGAAGAGGAUGCACAUUAACCCCAGCACUGCGGAGUUCAAAGAAAAUGACAGACCGACCUCGCUGGUCCCGGACCUCAUUGAUUACAACAUGCCUCUUACUGCCACCUACCUGAAACAAAUGAAACUGCAGUGCAUGACCACCACUGAGAGGGAUGACAGUUCGGUGAGCAGCGAGGACAUGAACAGUGCCGAGCCCACAUGGGUCGCAGCUGAGCAGCCUGCAGUGCCUGAGCCGAGUCCACCCAACGGAGAGAGAGUCAGCAACCCGACAGCCACCAUUAAAGAAGAGGACGAUGAUGACUCCUCAGAGAGCGGCAGUGCCAAUGGGCUGCCGGCUCUGACCUCCCCGGAGGCGCUGGCUGUGGGUGGGAACCCCCCAGAUGGCGGGGCCUCUUACGGGGAGGUGACGGAGAACGGCUUGAGCGCUCCUCUGGACUUCAGCACCACCUCGUCCUCGUCCUCCUCAGAGGAUCAGCAGCCGGUCAAUCUGAGCGACAGACUGCUGCCUGCAGGGAGCUCACCGCCCAACUCCUACCCUGCAGACCCCAACAGAAAGUAUCCCAUCAAGACAGAGUACGCCAACAAGUCUCCUCCUUACAGCUCAGGAAGCUAUGACUCUGUGAAAACUGAACUGAGCAUGAGCGCAGAGGACUUGACCUCUGGUCGGACACAGAUAAUUGAUGACGACGACGAUGAUCACGAUGACCACGAUGACAGUGACAAGAUCAAUGACGCUGAGGGAAUGGACCCGGAGAGACUUAAAGCCUUCAAUAUGUUUGUGCGUCUGUUCGUGGAUGAGAAUCUGGACCGCAUGGUGCCCAUCUCCAAACAGCCCAAGGAGAAGAUCCAGGCCAUCAUCGAGUCCUGUAGCCGCCAGUUUCCAGAAUUCCAGGAGCGCUCCCGCAAGCGCAUCCGCACCUACCUCAAGUCCUGUCGCCGCAUGAAAAAAGGCGGUUUUGAGAUAAGACCAACGCCCCCUCACCUCACCUCUGCCAUGGCUGAGAACAUCCUCGCUGCUGCCUGCGACAGCGAAACCCGAAAUGCUGCCAAGAGGAUGCGGCUCGACGUGUACCAAGCGACGGACGAGCCUGUCUCCGUUGACAAACCCAACUCGAGAGACCCGGUCUCUGUGGCCCCGUCAGGGUUCACCAUCUCCAGCGCAGCUUUUGCCCAAGACCAGCUCUACACCAACGGAGGCCUCAACUACAACCUGCGGGGAUAUGGGACAGUCGGCAGCAACCAGCAGAACUCUGGUGCUGCACAAACCAAUGGUCCCACAGAUCUGAGCAUGAAAUCCGUCGGCCCGAACUCCACCUCCUCCAGCUCCAACAGUCACGGUCAGGGAGGCGGCGGCGGUGGAGCUUCGGCUCAGCUCAGCCCUCCGGAGGUGACGGCGGUGAGGCAGCUCAUCGCAGGGUACCGGGAGUCCGCGGCCUUCCUGCUCCGCUCAGCAGACGAGCUGGAAAACCUGAUCCUGCAGCAGAACUGAGUCCGAGCCAAACCGUGCCAACACCCUCCAAGCCCCCCGCCGCCUGUCCACCCCUGUCACACACAUUUGGGCAGACUUUCAAAGACACAGUUGUACACGAGGGAUACUGCAGUGCACAGUGGGUCCUGUAGGUAUGAAACCUUCACUUAUUCCCACAUGUUUAUGUAUUUGGACGGGCCGAACAUAUCACAGGCUGACAAAUGUUUAUUUAUGCAUUUGGUUCACUUUGACCUUAGUGCCCUGUUAUCUGUAGCCAUUCAUCCCACUCAGUUCAUUUUACCACCUGAACCUCCAUUCGUCUCAGGAAGCGAUGAUUUAUGUGAAACAAUGAUGUGCAUUGGUACUCGCACUGAGGUGUCCAAUUAGCUUAACCACCAGAUCGCCAAAUCAGCUCGUUUGUGCCGAUGUUUGGACAAAUGAAUAGUGAAAUAGCAGUGAAUUAGCAUCAUUACAUCUCUCUAUUUUUACACUAUUGUAAAAUAUGCUGUACAGUGGCAUGAUUUGAUUGGGUCGUCUGAAUAGAGUCAUUUCUAAAUGAUAACCAGAAGUCCGUAGAUGAAUCGCUGCUAAAAGAUGUGGCGACCUGCCACUGACCUGCUAACCUCAACAGCUACUGUCGGAUGUGCUGACUUACACAUACGCAAAAAAGAAAGAAAUGAAAGCAGUAGAGAAAAAAGGGGAAUAUCAACAUGACAGUGUUUGACAGCGUAGAGAUUGACCAGAGGAACAGAUCUAUCACCGUGUGGUCAAAAUGAUACCUCGGUUCUAAGAGACAAAGACUCAUUACCCAGCUUGACUUUAUUCUCAGUUAUUUUAUUAUGAAUAUUUCUAUCACGGGCAGUUUCUCAUUACUUAAAGGGAAGGAGGCUUUGAAGAAGCCUGGGUAUGCAAAUUGAGGUCACAGACACCUGUCAGGGAAAAAGGAGAUUAAUAUAUUGUUUAGACUCUUGGUUUAUAACCAGUGCUACUGGAGAAGUGGAAAAAGGUGCAAUAUUGAAGAUAAUCAGUAAUGGUGUGCUUACUGAAGUGACUUGCUGAGGCAUUCGGAGGCGUCUGAUGAGGGUUCGUAAUUCACCACAAUCCUCUCCCGCUGUAACUGUCGAGUUGUAAAAAGAAAUGAUAUCCCAUGCAGCAUUGUAGCCAAUUUCAAUGUUGUUGUUUGUUGUUGAAUAACUGAUCUUUAUCGCUAACCUCAGAACUGAGGCACUUUCAUGUGUUGGGAUCAGUCAUCCGUAGUGUCAAAAAAGGAAAUGGGACCUGGCAGAAAAAUGAGACUUAAUGUUGCACGUCUUUUGUUCUUUUCUCUUUUUUUGUGGUUUUGGGUUAUUUUGUGAAGGAAAUGUUCAAGUGAUUGUUCUUCAGUUUAAAGGGCACAUAAAGCUCCAUGCAUCCAUUACUGACAGUCAGGUGAAUGCAGCGUGCUGGAUGCAGCGUGAGCAUGUGAGUGGGAUGCUCAGACAAAAGAAAACUCCUUCGUCCGUCCGUGCGUCUGUCUGUAUCGUCCCCUCUGACCUCAGCAGUUUCAAACCCCAUCUCCACUUUCCUCAUCGAUACCACGUCUGAAAAACACACUGUCUGAAAAAGAAGCAAGAGACAAUCUUUGAAAAAGAUGUAUUCGCAUCACAGUUUACUCUCCCAGCUUUCUGCUAUGGUGUGUGUGUGUGUGUUUGUGUGUGUGUGUGUGCGCGGUCUGAGGACACACAAGAGUACACAAAGCAGAUCUAGAGCACAGUCUCACAACUUUAAAUGGUGAGUCACUCAGCACAAAAAACUGUUGUGUGUAUGUGCAUUUUUAAAAAAAAUCCUUUCUCUCUUUUUUUUCCGUUGAUGUAAGUGUUGGUGUUGACAGUGUGUUGACUCACUGUUUGUGUUAUAAGUGGAAUGACCCAGUUUGUACAACAUCAAUCUGUGAAGAUUUAAUUCAGUAGGCUCAAACAUUCCAAACAAUGACAAUGACUCUUCAAGCAGCCAGAAAUGGCUCGCACCUUAUUGAUUUGUCAAAGUUUAGAGAGAUAUAUUUCUGUAUUUAUCACAAAUCUUAUCAAAUGUAUCAUUAAUCAGUCUAUAUCUGUGUCAUCCAUCAGUUUCACCACCAGGCCAGUCUACAGUUAGACCUGCAUGUCCUAAACGACCAUCCCACAUUUCAGUGCCAUGUCACGAUCGGGCUGCAUUUAAUGCAUUUUCAUUUAAAUUCUAUUAUCUAUUGCAAGUUUGGAAGCACUUUAUAGCUCAGGAUUAAGGUAACAUAACACAGAGAUUUGAGUGUGUCUUUACCUCAUUUGGGAUAUCAGCUUCAGUUCAGAACACACAGAGAACUGAUUAUAACAAAGGACAGUUUGACACAGCUCACAAUCAGAGGCAGUUUUCAUCUAUAAGCGACAGCAAACUCCUCCUUUGUCAGAGCUCAGUUUGAACUCAUCAGUGCGUCUCGGCCGUCUGAGGGGUGUUUCAUGAAGGAGGUCCAAAUCCUGACCAGAACGGAUAUUUACUGCACGUAUUUUCCCACAUCGCUAUAGUAAUAUUAACAAAAAGCUAAUGGUUGCAAUCCAAGUCAAAUCUGACACAUCAAACAUUGAUUUCAUUAGUUCAAAGUGAAGAAAAACAACACACAUUGAACUUAUAGCAAGAUUAAAAUGUUACAGCAAAAACAAAAUCAUUACAACAGAAUUAAAGAGAAAUUUUAGCCAAAUAUUAACUCAGACUGCUGCUGUGCUCUUGUUCUGAUUAUGACAUGAGGGUUUCCCAUCUGUCAUAAAUGACUUUAUGUGUAGUUAAAGCUUAAAUUUGCAGCAUAAAUGCAGAUGUACAGGAGACAACAUACAGUUUCAUAAGUAUUUACAGCAAGUUUACAUUUUAGCAAAAAUAAUUUUGCAUUUGUGGGAACUUUAAGUAGCUGUAAGCAGGAUUUGUAAUUACAGAAACCUAUUUAACCCCUUAAACUUCAGUGUACCGCCGGCGGUACACCUACUAAUUUGCAUAGGAAUUUCAAGAAUGUCCGACGGCUGCAAACACGAUUAUACAAACACUAUACGCCGAUGGAAAGCUUAGAUUCUCAUGAAUCCGCCGGUAUUAACCACUUUCAGAUGUGAUUACCACAGCGGGUGAGAAAAACACAUUUGUCCUACAAAAACGAAUAUUCAUCCAUCCGUUCUCUAUACACGGCUUCAACGCACACAGCGCGACUCACAUUUGCGGGUUCAUUAUUUCACACAGAAAAAAAUAUUCCACAAAAAACGGCCAUAAUCCAACCUUUUACAUCCAGACGACACAAGCCAGUAAACUAUUUUGUCCAAAACAUGUCUUGAAGUCGGUAUAAAAUCCACGAAUCGGUCGUUUUCAAGGAAAUGCACCUCGCGAUGCGCGUCCAAUAUUCCCUGUAUUUUUCGUCAUUUUUUAAAUUUAAAAAUAGAAUAUUAGCGAUUUUUUGUACUGAAAACGGCUGGAAUUGACUGAAGCUUAAAGGGUUAAAAGCAGCGUAAGAACAGAAAAUGAUUGUGUGAAUCAGUUUUAUGGAGUUUUAAUGAGUUUCAACUCAUUAUUUAACUGUUUGUCUCUUAGAUUUAAAGCAAACACACAUUCACACAAUGCUGAUGAAUCCCAUCAGUAGCAGGUAAAUGUCUGAGUUUUAAACAGCACCUAGAAGCAUGGCACAAAAACAAACAAAAAAAAACAAGAAAGUAUAGAAGAAGCAUUUAUGAUGCGCCGGAUACAAAGAAAAAAAACUACUGUUAGGAGUUCAGAGGGAAGAUUUCAAUUUAAAAAGGGAACACUGGAGGCUUUUGUUCUCAUCGCAUCGUUUUUGCUGCAACAGAAAGAUAAUUUCAGUGUUCAAGCAGCAGACUGAUCAGAACAUAUUUAGCAGCUAAAGAGGGAAAUUUGUCCCUUUGGAGUUGGUAGAGACCAAAACAGAGCUAAAAGACAAAACUGGACUUACAUUCUUCAGGUCAGACUUUUCCUAAGCCUCCUUUCUGAAACAUUUUCCCACCUUGCUGAAGGAGCCCAGACUUUGUGAAACACUCCUCUGGGCUCAAACAGACGCAGUCAUAGAUGUCCGUGGGACCUGAGUCCUCACACAUGUCUUCCUCGUCUCCUCCAACCGGCUCGUCUGUUACUGUAGCCAUAGCAGAUCCUUUACACUUCAUGUCUCGAACUCAGUGAUGUUGAAUCUCGUCCCAUUUCCACAACCAAACUCUUGCUUGCAGAUUCUGUCUUAAGUCUACGCUGAGCGACGUUUUAGCUGUGUGCUGGAGUUACUGUGAUCAGCGGCAACCACUUGUUGUCAUGUUGUUGUUUUUGUUUUGUUUGUUUUUUUUUCUUCCUAAUAAUGCCCAAUGGAUUUUCUCUUUGUAUUGACUAGACAAUGUAAUCUAUUGGUGUUGAUUAAAAAAUGCCCUGGUAGCUUGUGGAUUGCUAAAGUGGUCAGAUAAAUGUACUGUAUAGCUGUACAAAGAGUGAUAAAAGAUGUUUUAAACCUUUCUUUUUUCUGUGGGUACAGCACUGUUUAAAAAAAAAAUCAAAGUGGUUUUAGCCCUUGCCUGUUUUAACUUAUCAUUUGGUGAUGGUCUGUAUUACUUCUAUUGUUAUUUAUAUUAUUUCAAUUGUUGCCUCUCCUGCACUGAUAAGAGACUGUAGCUCUGUGCAGGGGGUUGUACUGUAAACCUGUGUGAAGCUUUGUAUUUUCCCCUCUGGUUUUGGACUCAGUGAAAGUGUGAUGUUUACAUGUACAGUUUUUCAGAAUACUUUGGUUCUCGUUUGUUUUUGUGUUUUAUUCAGGCGAGUUUUAUUUUCCUCCUCUUUUCCUCACCGAUUCCCCUAAAUCUGUGUACAUUUGCCCAGAUAUUUUCCUUUUCGUUGUUCCAUUGCAUCAAGUGCAGAUGUGACCUCUUUGACUCCUCGGUCACAUGGUCAGAGUGUGCCGUGGCAACUGGCUGUGGUCGGCUCGGCGUUAGGGUGGCUUCCAGCAUUUUAAAAGGUUAAUAUUAAGUAAACGGGAGCUUCACAACUUCUCAAAGUGGACCAGAAAAGAUAUAUCAAGGAUUAAGAUGACUUUAAUCAACUGUUUUCAAAUAUUAUUGUGGCCUAAGUGGAGAACAGUGGGGCGUAGGUACAUUUAUUAUACAAGUGCUCAUAAUCUUUUAACAUCCCGGCCGUGUUGUCAGGGAGAACUCCUUGUCCUUAACCCGACUGGUGCCCUGAAAGGUACACUUUGACCUGUUGUAAUAUCUCCUCGGUAACAUAAAAGCCAUUCCCCUCUCCUGGCCUUUUAAGGGGAACCCAUAAACCUCAGGAAAUACUGAAUCUCCAAGUUAAGUUUUUAUCCGCUGAUUUCUUCUGAAAUGAGAUUUAAGUCUCUAAGGAAACCAUUAACAUUUAUAUGAGAUGUCUAUUGUUUUGUACAUUUAUCAUUGUGAUUUAAAAGUGGAGCUUUUUCCAGUACCUGUGACUUAAUAUUUUGAUUUUUUGGAGUGUUUAUAGGUAUGGAUAUUUAUUAUUAUAUGUGAAACUACAAAAAGACAAAAGAAAAAGGUUGAACCUGUUUCAUUUGUAUGUUUCAUGCAAAACUGUCCAGGUGAGAUUCUCUCUGCCUCUUACAUAUCACUAAUGAGGGACCUGUGUUUGUUUGGAAAUAGCGCUUUUUCAGUGUUGCAUCAACGCUAUGGAAAAAAAAGUUUAAAAAAAAAAAACAACAAAAAACACCAGUGGUUUACCAACAGCAGAGUUGCAAGGCUCUCCUCUUCUCCUGAGAUGUCAGUAAUUGAAUAAAACAGUGCGAUGAGCUAUCAAACUGA